AUGCUUCCCGCACAGCGCAACAAGGUCGACAUUUCUGUGAGUGAAGAACGACUCGACACGUGGAGCACCGAGUGGCUACAUGAAUCAUGUAGUACGGUCUAAGAUUGCGUCUUGAGGAAUAUUUAAGCCUGAGACAUGGGCUUGGACAACCAAGACGCAUGCCGCGACGAAUACCGGAAAGGCUGGCUAGACUCGUUUGCCCCGGGACCUAUGCGACUGAGUACAUCCUCCCAUGGGCGAACGGCUUCCAGAGUGCUAGAGACCUUUGCAGGGCUAUCGGGCGUUGUACGUAUGUAAGCCAGACCACCCUGCUCACCUUAAAGGCCUUUCCUCUGCAUCGCGCAGUCGCUAACGGAGGAGGAGCAGAAACUCUUUCGUCUCUACGGCAAGCUACCCACUCGAAAGGAUGUGGUGGGCAACAAGCUGAAGGUGAGCUGAGCGUGUCGUUGCUGCUGAUGUAUCAAGCGGCAAUGCUGAUGCGAAUCACUUGUAUAUGUUGCGACUUGCAGGAGCGCAAAUACUUUGACUCUGGCGACUACGCACUGAGCAAGGCUGGCAAGGCCACGCCUCAAUCUGUUGGCACGGCCAUCCCGAAUCCAGAGACGAUCCCUCACGCUUCCACAGUUUCCUCCCCACCAACACAAGGCGCACCCACCUCACUUGGACCUCAAACAUCCGGCCCCGGCUCGGCUCCUGUCGCUGUGCCAGAUCCUAGAGGAUUUGGUCGCAACCAGCCUCAAGUUAGUGCCUUUCCCACCGCUACCGGCUUUAGCUCGAGCGGAUCGCCAAACAAGGAUGGUUCACCUACCAACACGAGCAACCUCGGCAGCAGCCUGGCUCGCAACGAAGUUGCCGCUGAGGACUUGAUGGACGAGUAA